ACAAUAACCUCUUUUUCUUCUUCUAAGAAUCGUCUCCAUACAUAUAUAUGGCGAUGAAAAGUCUCUCCUUUCUUGCAGCUCUAUCUCUCUUGGCUUUGACAUUUCCAUUAGUCUUUGCUUCCGAUCCAAGCCCCCUUCAAGAUUUCUGUGUCGGCGUUAACACACCAGUAGAUGGCGUGUUUGUGAAUGGAAAAUUCUGCAAGGAUCCAAGGAUUGUUUCCGCGGAUGAUUUCUUUUUCUCUGGACUCAACAGAGCUGGAAAUACAAAUAACGCGGUUGGGUCCAACGUGACAACGGUCAAUGUUAACAACCUCGGAGGAUUAAACACCCUUGGAAUCUCACUAGUUCGUAUAGACUAUGCACCCAACGGUCAGAACCCACCUCACACCCACCCACGUGCCACCGAGAUCUUGGUUGUCCAACAAGGAACUCUACUCGUAGGGUUUAUCUCAUCAAACCAAGACGGAAACCGUCUUUUCGCUAAAACGCUCAACGUGGGUGAUGUAUUUGUGUUUCCAGAAGGACUCAUCCAUUUCCAGUUCAACUUAGGAGGAAUUCCAGCGGUAGCAAUCGCUUCUUUGAGCAGCCAAAACGCAGGUGUUAUCACGAUUGCUAACACAAUAUUUGGGUCUAAACCAGAUAUAGACCCGAAUGUUCUUGCAAGGGCAUUCCAAAUGGAUCCUAAUGCGGUCAGGAAUUUACAAGCCAGGUUCUAAUAAUGUAAUAAGAAAUAUAGUCUACGGAAUUACUUUAUUUUGUGUUUUGCUUCUGAAUAAUGACUAUGUAAUUAUAUUUGUUGGUUGCUUACAAGCAUGGUUCAUCGUACGUACUGUGACAUGUAUAAUGUUGGUUGUUGUUAUAUCUUAAUUAUAUUUGGUUAGUGAUUAUUAAUGUUUGUAUUUGUAUAGAAC